CAUUUAAGGUGCUCGCAAGACGGUAUGCCGCAGGCGCAUCACUACAUACACGCCGGCGGGCCGCAGUACGCGCCACCCGUUCUUCGUGCCCCGUCCCCGUCCAGUUCGGUCGACACGAAAUACGGGCCGGACGAGACGUCGCUCUCGGACACCGGACUUGAGCAGGACGCAUUCGAGCAGAAAGUCGAGGACCAGCUGCACCCUCAGCCUCCGCCCACGGCAGAUCCCAAUGCGUGGGCCCCGCGGCUGCCCCGCCCAAAGACGGCCGUGGAAGAGAGAGGUGCAUAGCAGUCUGAGCAACAAAAGUGGCACGAAUAACUUACCCCGCGAUGCAGCUAUAUACGAGUGGGUCAUGAGAGAUCUCCGCAAGAGGGUCGCCCAGCUGGAAGAGGACGAGCUCGUCGAACAGACCAUGCUCCGCGGGACGCAGAUCGGCGAGGAGCAGCUACCCUCCUCCAAUGAUAUCAACGCCAUCCUGCAGAGCCUUAUGGGAUCGGGCUCUGGCUCCCGCCAAUCUACCCCGGCCCAGCCCACCAUACAGCCAGAUCUCACGUAUCCUUGGGGCGCGAAUUUUGGACAGGCCGCGCACACCGAACUGGGUGGCACAGAUUCGACUGCAACCGCAAUGGAGAAACGGAUGGCAAGGACAAGAACUCUAAGGUAGCGGUUAUUGUGUAUGAUAUAAUGAUACAUAUAGCAUCGACUGUGGACCUGUACAAAACGAUCGCAAUCCGCGGCGCAUAAAUACCCUACUGUAGAAUACAAGAUACACUGUUUGAUC